AGAACCGGGGUGUCCUACUGGUGGGAGAGGAUCUGUUAUCUGUCGGGAUCCGCUGCGUGUUUCCCGUCGGCAUUCGUUUAUCGGUCACUCCGACGGCUGUUACAGGACUGGGCGAGCGUUGGCUUUGCGGAUAGAGCGAUUCACCAGCAUGCUGUUCUUCUUCUUCAAUAAAUAGCCCGAGAACCGCUCUUGUGGAGGCCCUCAGCGGAGUCUGGAAGGGGUCCAGUGGCCGGGGACUCACCAUGGAGAAAAUGGCCAGAGUUACCACGGCCCUGGGGGGCAACACCCUUACAGGCCGGACAAUGUUCUGCCACCUGGAUGCCCCCGCCAAUGCCAUCAGCGUGUGCCGAGACGCGGCGCAGGUGGUGGUCGCCGGACGCAACAUCUUUAAGAUUUACUCCAUGGAGGAGGAUCACUUCGCGGAAAAGUUGAAUCUGAGGGUCGGCCGGAAGCCUUCGCUCAACUUCAGCUGCGCCGAUGUGGUGUGGCACCAGGUGGAUGAGAAUCUCCUUGCCACGGCUGCCACCAAUGGCGUGGUUGUGACGUGGAACUUGGGCAAGCCGUCCAGAAACAAACAGGACCAGCUCUUCACGGAGCACAAGAGAACUGUGAAUAAAGUCUGUUUCCACCCCACCGAGGUCUACAUGCUGCUCAGCGGCUCACAGGACGGUUACAUGAAAUGCUUCGACCUGCGCAAAAAGGACUCGGUCAGCACCUUCUCAGGUCAGUCGGAGAGCGUCAGAGACGUGCAGUUCAGCAUCCGGGACUACUUUACUUUUGCGGCUACGUUUGAGAAUGGAAAUGUUCAGCUCUGGGACAUUCGGAGGCCGGACAGAUGCGAGCGCAUGUUCACAGCCCACAACGGGCCCGUCUUUUGUUGCGACUGGCAUCCCGAGGAAAGAGGGUGGUUGGCCACCGGUGGCCGGGAUAAGAUGGUGAAAGUCUGGGAUAUGAGUACGAAUCGCGCCAAAGAAAUCCACUGCGUUCAGACAAUCGCUUCAGUCGCUCGGGUGAAAUGGCGCCCUGAGCGAAAGUACCACAUCGGGACCUGCUCUAUGAUGGUGGAUCACAACAUCUACGUGUGGGACGUGCGUCGGCCGUUUAUCCCCUUUGCCACUUUUGAGGAACACAAGGACGUCACCACGGGCAUAGUAUGGCGUCACCUCCACGACCCGUACUUCCUGCUCUCCGGCUCCAAAGACAGCACCCUUUACCAACAUAUCUUCCGAGACGCCAGGAGGCCCAUCGACCGCGCCAAUCCCGAGGGCCUAUGCUACGGCCUGUUCGGCGAUCUGGCUUUCGCAGCCAAGGAGAGCCUCAUCUCUUCGUCGUCUUCUACGCACGACUCCAACCGAAAGCCCUACGAUCGCCGGCACCCCAUCUUCUUCCUCAGGAAGCCGGACCCGGCCGAGCAGUUUGAAAACAUCUCCAGCUGGCUCAGCGUUUUCGAGGCUAGCGGGGAUGACAUGGGUUGGUUCGUGGCCACGGCUGAGAGGUACGCUCUGGCAGGCCGACCUUUGGCAGAGCUCUGUGACCAUAAUGCCAAAGUGGCUCGGGAGCUGAAUAGGUGGCAGGUGGCCCAAACAUGGACCAUGCUUGGCAUCAUCUACAGCUGCCCUGGUACUGUGCCGGCCACCAAUCUGAAUCACAGUAUGGGGAAAGGGGGCGCAGCUCUGCCGCUACUCAACAGCUUCAGCAUUAAAGAGAUGCCGUCCGGCAUGGGCAGCGAGGCUCGCCUCGAACACAGCAAAGGAGACAGCCGCGCAGACAGCAUCCUGAUGGAUCCCGCAGUGAUGAACAAUGAAGAUAACGAGGAGACAGAAGGCAGCGACGUCCCUGCUGACUACCUGCUGGGAGACGUUGAGGGAGACGAAGAUGAGUUUUAUAUGAUCGACCCCGAGCACCCGCACACGGAGGAACAGGAAUACGUUCUUCCCCAAGAAGGCUUCCACCUGCGCCACGAGAUCACAGACAAUCCUUCGGCUCUGGACCACCUACAGGACAAGGCUGAUUCCCCCCACGUGAGCGGCAACGAAGCGGAGACCGUGUCGCUGACCCCAGUGGAGUCCUUCUCUCUCAUCUCCAUCUCGCAUGCCUUGUAUGAGAACAGACUCUCCCCCGACUUCUUCAACCGCACCGUGCGCGACAUGCUGCACUUCUACGCCGAGCAGGGAGACGUCCAGAUGGCCGCUUCCGUCCUCAUCGUGCUUGGGGACCGGAUCCGAAAAGAGAUUGACGAGCAAACGCAGGAGCAUUGGUUCACGUCGUACAUCGACCUUCUCCAGCGUUUCAAGCUGUGGAACGUUUCCAACCAAGUGAUCAAGCUGAGCACCUGCAGCGCCAUCAACUGCCUGAACCAGGCGUCCACCUCUCUACACAUCAACUGCAGCAACUGCAAAAGACCCAUGAAUAACAAGGGCUGGAUCUGUGACCGGUGCCGGCAGUGCGCCAGCAUGUGCGCCGUAUGCCACCACGUGGUGAAGGGGCUGUUUGUCUGGUGCCAGGGCUGCGGUCACGGAGGGCACCUCCAGCACAUCAUGAACUGGAUGCAGUCGAACUCUCAUUGCCCUGCCGGCUGCGGCCACCCCUGUGAAUACAGCUGAGCCGCCUGUGGACAGUCCCCCCGCGUUUUCUAUAGCAGUCACCCCCACAUUGUAAGCCCAAGGUUAGCGUCCUCGUAAAACGGGCC